AAGGCAGAAGUGCUGAUCCAGAAGUUAUUGGGAGCAUUCUUCUGUCUGCAAGGCCCGACAAUAUAUCGUAGAGGGUAUUAUACCCUUCCCCUGCGAGAGCCUCCUACCUCCAUCCAAGAUGCAGUCUUAUAAGUAGUGGCCGCAAUCGUUGCUACAAUCGCAUCAGCAAAGAGUCGGGUCAUUCGCAUCAUCACAUCCAUUCUCUACCUUCAGGCGGUCUUCGUUCUCUGUCCGCCGCAGCUCUUCGGUAUUCCUGACAAUCAUAAUACAUAUCUCUCUCAAUAACUAUAUCCUAUCCAUAAUGUCCCCUUGUAUCCGAACGUUGGCGCUCGCUGCCAUGGCAUUUUCGCCAUUUGCAGCAGCGUGGCCCAAAACAUGCCCUGCCUCUUGCGUGAUGACUGUCACCUCAACAGCCAGGGAAACUGCUCCUUGCUCUGUUCUCUCCUCAGCUUCAGCCACUUCAGCCAUGGAGACCUCGAGUCCUACAUCUAUUUCCUCCAAUCGGCACCACAGCCAUUACCACCAUCACAAUUCUACUGUCUCAUGGUCCAUGAAUUCGACCGCCACGGCAGCCGCCUCAUCGAACAUGAUUCCGACUAGCUCAGCAGCCGUAACAUCGGCGAGCUCAGCCGAGCAGACGAGCAGCUCCCUUUCAUCUCACCACCGCCGUCAUCACAACCACACAACCUCCCUGAACGCCGCCCCCACAACUCCGGGAGCGGCUCUACCCACCCCCAUCCCUGCAUCACCACUCAUGGAUUGCCAGCCCGAUAACUGCCUUCGCCACUUUAUCCGCCACCCAGAUGUGAGUGGAUUCUGUGCAACUUACACUACCGAACUCAACACUGCGACUACCGGACUUCCCGACUUGGUAUCCCAAUGCCAGAGCGAUCCGACUCGCAUCUCCUCCGCCUGCUCUUGUGUAGCAACCGGCGUUCCCACCUCUACUCCCACUCCGCCAAUCCUCGAUUGCCAGCAUGACAACUGCCUCCGCCAUUUCAUCCGCCAUCCAGAAGCGACUGGCUUCUGUGCCACGUAUACCACCGGGCUCAAUACCGCAACUACUGGACUCCCUGACUUGGUUUCCCAAUGCCACAACGAUCCAACCCGCAUCUCUUCAGCCUGCUCUUGCGUCGUGACCGGAACUUCCUCCCCAACCUCCUCACCAGGCGCUCAAACAACAGCUACCAACGAUGGCUCUCUCACCACUACAACUCCCUCCGGCCCAGCUCAAACAUCCUCCUCGAGCGAAUCUGCCAUCUGCACUGUCACGACGGAGACCUCAAUUGUGACCAUUUCUGUCGUGACAACUAUCACUCUGGAUGACCCUUCCACAAGCUCUGCGAUUUCUGGAGCAAUGACAUCUGAAGCAGCCCCAACUUAUUUCACGACGACAACUACGACGGAAUCAGCAGCCGCUUCAAGUUCAAGCGAAAUGGCAGCUUCGCCAUCAAGCGAGAUGGGGCAUCGACACAGACAUGGACACCCUGGUGGGCGUUAGUUCCACAGACUUCGUGACCCAAGUGCAAUCUAGGAGAGUAAUGAGUAGUUCUGGAUUCUACGCAUGAUUUGGAUGAUAGGAGGUAGUGUUUCCCAUAUCUGUACGAGCAGCUUUAUAAUACAAUCAAAAUAUGUUUACGGCAAUUUUCCCAUUCUCCUCAUUUCCCUCCUUCCUCCAUAACCAAAAGAAAGCUCGCCACACAUCACAUCAACCCAAUCGUAACAUCACCCUUAACCCGCGCAUAAAGAUCCACCUCCACCUCCAAAUCCAGCUCAAUUUUGAUACUCAUCGCACUCGGCUUAGCAUCCUUCUUCACCGGCCGAUCCUUGAUCCUAGACUCGCGGAUCGCGUAGGUUCUGUACCCUUCCGCUCGUGGGCCGUAGGGAUUGUCAGACUGGAGUUGCUGAUUUUGCUGUGGUUGUUGCUGUUGCUGUUGCUGUUGUUGCUGGACAAUGGGAAGGGCUUGCUGAGUUUGGUCG